AAAAAUUCAAAAAGCCUUCUUUGGGUCUUUUAAAGCCUCUUCUUCGUUCUCUCUUCUUCACUUGGCCAUUAAAACGUUUCCUUCCUUAUUCGAAGAUUCUCAAAGAGAGAGAGAGAGAUUUUUUUUUUUUUCUUCUACACAAAAAAAAAAAAAAAAUGUCAAACGUUCAUCAGAAUCGACGAUCUUCGUUGUUCGCAUCGUCGACGAAAUCUUCAAUGGCGAAACGUCGAGCACCACCAUCAUCAUCUUCUUCAUCUGAGAAUUCAGUGAAACCUGUGAUGACGAAGAAACGAGCACCGUUGAGUAACAUCACUAAUAAAAAAAACUCCUCCCGAUUCCCUAAUUCAUCUUCUGAUUCGGUACAUUGUUCGAACAAGUCUGCGAAAUUGAAAUUGGCACCAACAACACAACCUCUUUGUGUAAAUGCGAGUGUGAAGCCAAGCAAAGUUGCUUAUGAGCAAAGCCAUUGUGGUGUUAAAGUAUCUUCUUCUUCGUCUUCAUCACCUAGCAAAUCUGAUGAUGGAUCUGUUUCAAUCGAAGAUACGAUGUCGUUAUGUGAUUCAUACAAGAGUCCUCAAGUUGAGUAUAUUGAUAACAAACAAGUCUCUGCUGUUGUUUCUAUUGAGAGGAAAGCAUUGAGUAAUCUUUACAUAUCUCCAAGUUCUGAGACUUUGGGUAACUAUUGCAGUAGAGAUGUGUUGUCUGAUAUGAAACUGGACAAGAGUCAGAUUGUUGACAUUGAUAGUAACAAUGAGGAUCCACUGUUGUGUGCAACGUUUGCUCGUGACAUUUAUAAGCAUCUUCGUGCAUCUGAGGCUAAGAAGCGACCUGCGGUUGAUUUCAUGGAGAAAGUUCAGAAAGAUGUGAAUUCCAGUAUGCGUGGUAUCCUAGUUGAUUGGCUUGUUGAGGUGUCAGAAGAGUAUAGACUUGUACCUGAGACGUUGUAUUUGACAGUGAACUACAUAGAUAGGUAUCUGUCAGGGAAUGUGAUUUGUAGGCAGAAGCUUCAGUUGCUUGGUGUGGCUUGUAUGAUGAUUGCAGCAAAAUAUGAAGAGAUCUGUGCACCACAAGUUGAGGAGUUCUGUUACAUCACUGACAAUACAUAUCUCAAGGAUGAGGUUCUUGAUAUGGAAUCUGAUGUUCUGAAUUACUUGAAUUUUGAAAUGACAGCACCAACAACCAAAUGCUUUUUAAGACGCUUUGUUCGAGCUGCUCAUGGUGUUCAUGAAACUCCAUCGAUGCAACUAGAAUGUAUGGCCAGCUACAUUGCGGAAUUAUCGCUUCUGGAGUACACAAUGCUCUCUCAUUCCCCUUCACUCGUUGCUGCCUCUUCCAUUUUCUUGGCCAAGUACAUUCUAGAGCCAACAAUAAGACCAUGGAAUCCGACAUUGCAACACUAUACGCAAUAUAAAGCCUUGGAGUUGAGAGGAUGUGUGAAAGAUCUUCAACGAUUGUGUAUUACUGCUCACGGCUCUACUCUACCUGCUGUGAGAGAGAAGUACAGCCAACACAAAUACAAGUUUGUGGCAAAGAAGUUCUGUCCAUCCGUAAUCCCACAAGAGUUCUUCAACAACAGCUAAAUCCUCACAAGUUUAAACUUUAUUUCCAAUGUUGCGUUGGAUAGUUUGUAUAUGAUUUUUGCUGUUGUUGGGCCUUUCAUAAAAUUAGAUGUCUACGAUCUCACUUCACUCGACUAAUGUUCUUAUGCUGAUUAGUUGUUAUUAUCUUGCUCUCUAUAAAGUGAAGGAUGAUAGCUGCU